CUCUCUGCGAGCUAGUCUCUAGCUCCGCCUCUUCUUUCAUGGAUGGAGUUUCAAGUCCCAUGAGAAUCUCCAUUCAUGGAUCUCUGUGUAUCACCACCAAUAAUAGUGAAAGCAAAGUGGAUGUGGGUCUUUUAAUGUCCGAACCACUAUAAAAUCUUUGUGUUAAUCUUUACUUUUAUGCAUUUUCUCUUUUAUGUAUGAUUUUUAAUGAUUUAUGUUCAUUAGAUCUUGUUGGACGUAGUAAUCAGAUUUUAUGCAACUACAUUUCGAAUGGAAAAUGGUUCAGAUUUGAAGCUUUUCAAAGAUCAAUUGCUUCAAUAGAUGAUUCAGUUCCGGAUCUGUUCUUGUUUCAGAUUUUUUCAUCACAUUGGGUGAAGACUCGAUGUUAUUUCAGAUUUGAGAUCGUCUGUGAGUUUUGAUUCCUAUUUCUAAUUGAAAUUUUCAUUCGACUUCAUUUGCUGGAUCUGAUUUGGGUGAUGCUGAUAAUGUCAAUUCAUGAUCCCGAUCCUUGAGAUGUUGGUAUCUGUUUAGUGUUUGGAUGAGAGGAUAUAUUCAAGAUCUCUUGCUACACUAACGAGUCUCAUAUUACUUAUCUCCAUACCGAUUUACUUCUGCUUUGAUAGUUCUUGAAGAUAUUUGUUGGAUAUUUGUGAUUGAGUAAUUCUUGUUCAACUCGGUGAAGACUCGUGUUCAACCAGUGAUUUUUCAUCACUCAGAUGCAAACUCGUUGUUCAUCCAAGAUAAGUUCUCUCACCUUUCAGUUCUGAUUUGCAGAUCAGUUUUACAUUGUAUUUCAAUUUAGAGAACAUCUGUGAUUUUUCAUCACAUUGGUGAAAACUCGGUAUUGAUAUUUUGAUUCUUCAAGUUACUUUGUGUUGGUACAAUUGUGAUCAGACUCAUCACAGUGCUGCUGUGUGUGUGUCAUAGAAUAGUGAUGGAGAAGUAUUUGUUGAGAUACAUGUGCAUAUUUGUAAUGAUGCUGCACUGACCUUUGUGUGAGUACUUGGAUUUCAUAGUUCAGCUGCAAGCUUGGAUUUCUAUUCUGCAGUCACACUCGGAUAUUGUGAGGAUUUUGUAAGAUGGCUGAUGUGAUGGCAGAAGGAGUACUGGAGUCAAAGAUUCAUGCCAGGAUAUUAGGAAUUUAGUUUUCCAUUUUGUUCCCAUGAUCUGUUAUGAGCAUAACCGCUCAUGAUCUAUAAUAAAUAAAUUCAAGCUAGGCUAGCAGAUGGAAACUUCCAAAAGUUCCCAUUAACUAUUAUAAUAAUAUUAUCCUUCUGUAUAGUAAAUGAUUACUUCGUCAAUAAUUCAUCAAGAUAAUAACUAUCCUGAAUCAUUAAGGGCUAUAAAAAAGUAGUGAGGCCUCCAUUAGAUCAUUAGUGAAUGAUAUCAUGGAAAAUGUUGUGAUGGAAGAGGAGGUAGUGAUAGUUGGAGGUGGAGUUGCAGGUUUGUCAACAGCCUUGGCACUAAAUAGAGUUGGAGUUAGAAAUUUAGUGCAAGAAAGAUCAAGUGAGCUGAGAGUCAGUGGUCCUGGCUUGACUCUUUUCUCAAAUGCUUGGAUUGUUCUUGAAUCACUUGGUGUUGCUCACAAACUUACUUCUGUGUACAAACCUUACAAAAGAGUAAAAGUGACUGAUGUUGCAAAUGGAGUUUCUCUUAAUUUUCAACAAGAAGCUACCCAAGAGGCUAUCUUAUCAGCGAAAGAAGGAGAGGAAUGGAUGGCAACUGGACUUAUGACUGUACACAGAAGAGCCUUACUUCAAGCUCUACUUGAGGAAUUACCGACUGAUACGGUUCGUUUUUCUUCUAAGCUUAUCUCAAUUGAGAAAACAAAAGCACGUCAAGGUAACGAUUCAUUGGUGAUCAUACAUUUAGAAGAUGGGACAACAAUUCAUACCAAGGUUUUAAUAGGGUGUGAUGGGGUGCACUCAUUGGUUUCAAAAUGGUUAGGGCUUAAAGACGUGGUUAAUUCAGGACGAUGUGCAAUGCGUGGAGUAGGGGUGUUUCCUGAAGGUCACGGAUUGAAUCACGAAAUGCAACAAUUUGUUGAUAUAGGUCGCAGGUUUGGCAUUCUUCCAGUUAAUAAUGAAGAAGUCUAUUGGUUCAUGUCUUAUCAAUCUAUCCCCAGUAAAGAUGCAGAAAUGGCUAAAGGAGAUCCAAAAGUCAUACAAAAGACAAUGUUAGAGAGUGUUUAUGGUUCACCACAAGUAGUAAGCGAUGUAAUACAACAAUCUGAUAUGCAGAGUUUAUCUUGGGUACCACUAUCAUUUAGAUACCCAUGGGAUCUUAUCUUCGGACGUGUAUCAGAUGGUACAAUAACUAUAGCAGGUGAUGCAAUGCAUCCGAUGACACCAGACUUAGGUCAGGGUGGUUGUGCAGCACUAGAAGAUGCUGUGGUAUUAGGUCGUCAUAUAGGAAACUCGUACAUUAGAAAUGGUGGAAUGAUAUCACAAGAGGACUUAGAGGUUGAGAUACGAAUGUAUGUUAAAGAGAGGAGAUGGAGAACUGCUGGUUUGAUCACAGCUUCAUAUCUUUCUGGUUGGGUUCAACAAAGUGGCAGCAGUGGGAUAGGAUCUUCCUUGAAAGGAUUUGGAUGGCUGAUGAAAUUUCUUUGUGAUACAGUAUAUUAUAAAAUUAUUUAUCCGCGGCUCGGAGAUUUUUUACGUUAUGAUUGUGGGAACGGGAUUAGCUUAUUUCCAAUAGAGUUGAUGCUAUAUGUUGAGAAUUUCUCAGUAUGUAUCGGCAACGAGAUCUCGUAGCUGAUAAACCUUGGGUAAUCCAAACCUCCUUGUAAGCUGGUUCCAGAGUUAGUUAGUGUUGGAAUAUAUGUCACCUAUGACAUAUCUACCACCGAGGAGAUCGAGGUGGGAUAUUCAGAUGAUCAAAGACCAAGUCAGUUGCAGAUUUAUCUUUACCUAGUCAAGUUUGUUAUCUAGGUUUAGGUUAAAUGAUUAUCCUAAUAUCUUAUAAAUAGGAACUCUAUGAGUAUAUCAUUAUCUCAGAUAAUUCAUCUGGUGAUCAUAAUAUAUUUCAUCUCUAUGGGAUUUGUCAGCGGAUGUAGGUCGAGUGACCGAACCACUUAAUCUCUGUGUUCUUUCCAUUUCCCUCUUACCAUUCAUAUUUUAUGAGUUAGGUCCAUAGACUUCAAUAUGCAAUAGUUGGCAUUAUCAGACUUGUCGGUUUUCUAUUUAUAUUCGAAAUCCUUCCACUCUGUUGUAUGUUUAUUCGGUUUGUAUUCAGAAUUUGUACAUCUGAUUCGCUUUGUAAUUGCAAGUGACUCGUCUUCGCCAAGUGAAAUAUUCAUGAAGCCA